UGAUAAGAAACGAUAAAAAAAAAAAAAAACACGCGCUUAUCCGGCUUCCGCAUUCGACACAUACCUUACCUAAUACCUUAGUAUAUUUUACUGCACGCACUUCUACGAUCGCCUGUGCACCACCGAUGUGACAGGAAGAGUGGUACCGGACAACACGACGUCGUUCACGUUAUUCUUCAUUCCACAAGGCUGAUUAGUUGUUGAUUUACUAAGACUUAACAAUGUCUCAAUUCAUGAAACAUGUAAUUAAGUGCAACAUUUCACAAACCUAUCUUCAAUAUCUUCCAUUAAAGAACAUACAAGCUCGACGUUUAAAUUUAUUAGAAUGUCAUAGUAAAGAUUUAUUGAACAAACAUGGAGUCUCGGUUCAAAAGUUUAAAAUUGUGGAAAAUGCAGAUGAAACAAAUAAUUUACUGAAAUCAUUUGAUGUCGAUGAAUAUGUAUUAAAAGCUCAAGUAUUAGCCGGAGGACGAGGAAAAGGUCAUUUUAAUAAUGGAUUCAAAGGCGGCGUUCAUGUCACAAAAGAGAGAACUAAGAUUUAUGAUUUAUUAAAGAACAUGUUAGGAUAUAAGUUAAUCACUAAGCAAACUCCUAAAGAUGGAAUAUUGGUUACCAAAGUUAUGGUUGCAGAGUCUGUUGAUAUUAAAAGGGAAACUUACUUCUGUAUUCUAAUGGAUAGAAGUCAAAACGGACCAGUACUAAUUGCUUCUCCAGCUGGAGGAAUGGACAUUGAAGAUGUUGCUGAAAAUUCACCCGAAUUAAUAAAAAAAAUUCCCAUUGACAUAUUUGAAGGUGUUUCUGAUAAGGUUGCAUUGGAUGUAGCCAAAUUUUUGAAUUUUAAUGGACCAUUGACAUCUAUAGCAGCAAAUGAAAUAAAAAGGUUAUGGGAAUUCUUUUUGUCAGUUGAUGCAGUUCAAAUAGAAAUUAAUCCAUUAGUUGAAACAUUAGAUAAUAAAGUUGUAUGUGUUGAUGCUAAAAUUCAAUUUGAUGAUAAUAGUCAGUUCAGACAUAAAGAAAUAUUUGAGUUGGAUGAAACAAGUGAAUCAGACCCACGUGAAGUAAUGGCUAAUCAACAUAACUUGAAUUACAUUGGUAUGGAUGGCAAUAUUGGAUGUUUAGUUAAUGGAGCCGGUCUUGCAAUGGCUACUAUGGAUAUAAUUAAAUUGCGAGGUGGAGAACCAGCCAACUUUUUGGAUGUUGGUGGAAAUGUAAGUGAAAAUCAAGUAUAUGAAGCAUUCAAACUGUUAACAUUAGAUUCAUCUGUUAAAGCAAUUUUGGUUAAUGUGUUUGGUGGAAUUGUAAAUUGUGCAACAAUUGCAAAAGGCUUAAUAAAUGCUUCAAAAAAGUUGGACUUACAAGUACCAUUAGUUGUAAGAUUAGAAGGUACAAAUGUGUCUGCUGGCAAAAAACUUUUGGAAGAAUCUGGAUUACUCAUUGAAUUUGCUUCAGAUCUCGAUGAAGCAGCCAAAAAGGCUAUUUCAUCUCUAAAAAAAUAAAAUUUAAAUUAUUAAAUAUAUUUUGUUAAAUAUUUUUUACCUGGAUUUGUAUACAUUUUUAACU